GAAAAUUUAGCUACUUGCGAAGGCGUGUGCACACGCAAGGAGCAGCAGCUGUUGCGAGAACGCGAAGUGUGUAUACAAACAUGGUACGCGUCGAAGUCAAGAUGCACAUGCACGUGAAGGGCUUACUCUCUUUGCGCAAACUGUUGGAAGAGGCUGCCACGAAAAAGAAACGAAGGGCCGGCGAGGAUCCUCGUGGAGGUCUUUCCUCUCCUACUUCUUCAUUGCUCCGGACCCUGCGUGAGUCUGGGGCUAGGCCAGAGCAAAUCACCACCUCGAUAUCGGUGCGACAGCAUCAACCGCACCAAGAGCCUAUCGCCCAUGUAGUUGAGAGCAGUUUCCUGGACGAGGGCGGAGGGGUAAAAGGAAAAACGGCGCCGACCGCCCCCGGGGCGGCAACGGGUCUCAGUACUGUAGUUGCUGAAAACAAGAAGAAAAGCGGAGCAGUUUCGAAGACUGACAAACCUGGCAGCGCCGUGUUGUUCAAACCUGCUCCUCCCGCAGCUGCACUCGUCCAACGGCAUGGGGAGGUGCAGCAUGGUAACCAGAAGCUGCUUGUUCACGACGAGCGAACAAAAACUGCAUCUUCUGCUCCAACAGAGGCAGUAGAGCAGGACAACCCGUACCUGAUAGCCUCGGACCGCCUGCCGCUUAGCACUCGGGGCAGCAAGAUUGUCGAUAAAAACGGCAACGCCGUGCGGCUGCGGUGCGUGAACUGGUCGGGCGCGCAACUCGAACAAUAUUCCGUCGGUGGUUUAAACGUGCAGAAAUUGGAAACCAUCGUGCUCGCGAUCCGAAAACUCCAUUUCAACUGCGUCCGGCUCGUGUACAGCCUGGAUUUGUUCUAUGAGAAGCAUCCGGUCCCCUUCGCCAACCACACACUGAGAGCGAACCCGGAGCUGCUGACCGUAACCCCGAAGAUUCCGCAGCCGGAGACCGACGACUUGGAAAUCGUGAAGAACCACCUACCGGAGUCGCUUCCGCCCUUUCGAAAAAGCAAAUACGUGCUGGAACCGUACCAGCAGCUCUUCUUCAAAACGGUGGAAGCCAUCACAGACCAGGGGCUGUUAAUCAUCCUGAACAACCAUAAUUCCGACGCGGGGUGGUGCUGCAACGAGUUCGACGGAAACGGUUUCUGGUACACGAAAGAGUACCCCACCGCAAUUUGGGUGGACCACCUGAGACAGAUCACCAAAGAUUUCAAGGACAACAAGCUAGUCGUCGGGAUCGACCUCCUAUGACAGUGCACAACCCACCCUCGUUCUCAUUUGUCGUGCAAAAUCCCAAAGGCAGUUGUUGCCUUGUAUCACUAUUAUGCAUCACAAAUUCCGGAACCCCAAGCAGUACGACAUCAGGUUGUACACAAAUUCGUCAUGCAUAGGCUCCAAAUGUGCGGGUGUUUGGAUUGCUGUUCAUGCCAUACAAAUGAGGGUGAGGAGGAGCUGUGCACUCUCAUACCUCCGGAACGAGAUCCGCGACGCCUUGGACCUCACCACCGAGCAUCCGCAGUGGUUUUCGAAGAACGCGGACGUGGACUGGGGUACCGCGGCUUUGCAGGGGGGGCUGGCGGUGCAAAAGGAGAAUGCGGACCUCUUGAUCGUCGUUGGGGGAGUGUGGUACAACACGUUCCUGUGCGAGGUCGACAAACUCCCGAUCCAUAAGUUACUACCAAACAAAGUCGUGUACACCUCACACACCUACUCCUGGUUCUCGCACCGACUGCAAGUAGCGCAGGUGUUGGAGCUUUACCACUUAACGCUGCAGUCCGUGAUGCUGGUUCUCUGGGUGGCCGUCGUCUUCGCGAUCUUGCUGCAGCGGUUUUGUCCGGAGGCGAGUGUAACGCGCUUUUUCGCGGUGCAGUUCUACAAAGUGGGGAGGGCGCUGAGCAGUAAACGGGAACAAGAUCAUCAGGUGGAGAAAAUGACUGAGCGACCUCCCCGCGAAGCCGCUCCAGCUCCUGACAGGGACGAAGACGAAGAAAAAGAGAAUGUUGGGCACGGUGGAAACAUCAACAAACCACGGGCAAAUAAAACUACUACUGCAAGCAGAAACAAAGCACCCGGCGACCAGGACCGCUCUCGAGGUCGUGUCAGUGCUGCGAUGACGAUGUCCCACGACCCGAUCUCCAUCUGGUUACUCGUCUCCACACUCGCAUUCACCUCUCUGCUCGUCUGGUCGUUCUUCUUCACCGGUCGCUGCAGUGUCCACGCGGAGGUCGGGGCCAUAGCGUUUUGGAUUCUCGCAAUUAUCGCCGGGGUAUUUUCCAUCGUGCUCUUCACGCUCGCGCUGCUACGCUUUCUCUUAACCGACCCAGAAGCGCAACACCACUUCAGGUCCGUCGGCGGCGAGAGAAGCCUUUCUGCUGCGAAGAUGUAUCAGCAUUAUACCACGGCGGGUACAGCUAAUACUAGCGAUGGUCGACGUGGUGCUCCACCAAUGGGACAAAAAAUCUCCGAGGCGGCCCUCCAUCAAGAAACUGGCAAGAACAGCACGCUCCAAGCUCCGCGCGGACAGAAUGCAAGCAAGCUCAGCCACGUUUCGUCCUCGUCGUCGUCCGCAAAUUCGGACAACAGCAAUGGGAACAAUAAUUACAAGCGGCUUUCUCCGCGCGACGCGUUUUUCUCCAUCUUAAUCCAGGUCUCCGUCAUCGUCGCAGUCUUUUGCACCUGUACCGCGAUCGUGUUCACCCUGGUUGCCGAUAGCCUGCAGAGCUACGAGGGCUUAAAAGAAGAGUAUGACAACUACUGGGGGUUCCUGCAGCGAGACAACAUCGCACCGGUCUGGGUUGGCGAGUUUGGUACGCACGACGCCGAAAACGUCUGGUUUAAGAACGCCAUGCGGUACUUUGAGGAGCGAGACCUGUCCUGGUCCUACUGGCCUAUGCAUUGCAAAUAUGUUUGUAGUCUGGAUCUGUGACGCGUUCUGCAGAUCACGCAAAAAUUUGUUGUAUUUUUGCCCAGGUAGCACAACAAGAUGCGCACUUUUCCCCAGCACCCUGAAACGAGAUUUCAUCAUCAUUUCAUGCGGGAUAUUCAUACAUGGCAAAGGCCUUUACAAUUAAGCGGGUGAAGAUUCUAUGCCCUGCAUUCUAGUUCUCGUGGGGCAACGUCCAAACCCAGCAUGACAUCAAACUCCUGCACCCAUCCAGACGACCCAGACAUGAUGUUUGCAUUCGAUACGGCCCCUGGACGGGCAAAAGAAGGCCCGGCUGAGCCACGACGCGGAUACCCGAUCCCUAGCGCAGGAGCCGUUUGGAUUACUCCAAGACGAUUACACGCGGAUCCGGGACGUGGGGAAAAUGAAAGCGCUAUCCCCUUUGCUGAACCUAACGACCAACAGCACGACGGGGGACACCUACCCGCCGGGCUUCGGGGAGUGGUCGUAUCCGGAGGGGUUUGGCCCGCGGAGUAGCGAGACGAGGGUGCACAGUGCAGCUCCGUGAAGGGAAGAAUUAUGUUGCGUAGAUGCAGAAGUUUUUAGUAUUAGUUGCGGAGGGUCAAAGCGAAUUUCGAGAUCUCAACUGAUUGUAAGAUGGCAACUACGUAGUUUUACGAAGAUUAGAGUACCUGAGAACUUUGCUAUGCAUGUUUUUGAGAACAAUUUCUUAUUCUUCUGUCGUUUCUGUGACAGGAGCACUUACAGUCCUGGCUAUUAUCUGAGUACUACAUCUCGAGAAUACAGGAGGAAGUCGUUAAAGACAAAUGUAAUGAUGAAUGAUCAUGCACCACCAGUACUACACCAAGUGUCGUGAUGCGCUCUCCCAACAGCAGCAAAGAAAAAGGAACUCAAGCUAAUAUUCCCAAUUGUAG